AUGCGUCAUCGAUGGCACACGCGCCGCGCAUUUCAGAAGCGCCACUCGCAGUCCAACUGGCGCGUCUCGGGGUGUGGAGGUGCAGCAAAGUAUUCGAUCGAGCACUGUAAUCAGCGCCCGUUCACGAAAGAGGCAUUGUCGCGCAAACUCAACCUAUCCCCGCGCUUGUACGCCAAUGUUCACAGCUUCUUGUUUUGCACCGCGUACGCCCAGACGCAAGAUGAACUUGUUUCGCUUCCACUGCUGACUUUCGGGAUCUACAACGCCGCUUGCGUGUUCGUGAUCAUGGGGGGCAUCGUCGCCGACGGCAGUGACUGCAGGGACGUCGGCUCCCGCUCGCGCGCGCCCAGCUCGUCCGACGCCGUCCAGCUCGCCGAAUCCAAAUCCAACAGGUCCUCCCAGGUGGUGGAGGUGCCGCUGCAGUCCGGAACUUUACGGGACACUUUAUUGCAAGUGGCACAGCUGAGCGUGCCGCCCGCCGCACUGGCCGCCGCGCUGGCGCUCGCCCCCGCGGCGCGGGCCGCCGGCGCCGCGCGGCGCGGCGGCCGCCGGCAGGCGGCCGCGGCCCGUGGGGCGGUCGAGCGAGGAAAGCCGGCAGGGCCUGGCGCGAGGGGGUCGCCCCGCGAGGCGGCGGAGUGCAGGGCGGGGGGCACGGGGCGGCAGGUGGCCGGCUCUGCCCUGCGCAGGCCAUGGCCUUUCCCUCUGGCGCUGCGGACGCAAGGUGGCUAUCCUGCAAAGCACUGGAGGUGGGGGAGCGACGUCGCCUAUGCCAUUCUCCGUCUCGGUAUAGCCGUGGGAAUCCCUGGCGGGGACCUCGCGCUGGGCUCCCUGACGUUGCCGCUGGAGGACGGCGAAUUGGCGAUCCCCUUGACGGAGAGCAAUUGGCAGCAGCCUGGCGAGCCCACCCAAGGGCGGCCCGCGGCGCCCGGCGCCCUCGACGCGGUGCUGCAGGCGGACGACCUCGCUGCGGGGCUGCAGGACUUCGACGUGACCGCCCUCGGCGACGCCGCGCCCGCCCGGGCAGCGCUGGCGGCGCCCGCGGCGGCCGCCGCCGCGCAGCGCACGGCGGCCGAGGUGCCCGCGGUGAACAGCUCGGCGCCCGUGGCUCGGGACCCGACGCCACGAGGCCCGCAGCUCGUGCUGGAGCCCGCGCCGCCGCCAGGAUUUGCCGAGGCGCCUCAGUGGGCAUCCGGCAACGGUGUGCCGAUGGGCAGCGACGCUGCGGAGCCAAGUGACCCCGAGACGGACGCGACGCUGACGUACAUCCGCAACAAGCUGGCGGGCGCCCACCGGACGUUCUGGGACCUCCGGAGGCGCCUCGGCACGGCGGUGCUGUGGGGGCGGCAGCUCCAGGGGGAACUCCAGGCGGAGCAUGAGAAGUCGGAGGCCGAGGCCGCCGAGAGGGUGAGGCUGCAGCGGCAGCUGCAGGCGGAGCACGCGGCCGCCGCGGCCGCGGCUUCGGAGGGGCAGCGGCUGCAGCAGGCGCUCGCCUCGCAGGAGAGCGUCAGCAGGACCGCCGAGGAGCAGCGGGACCAGCUCCAGCAGCAGCUGGCCGUGCUGCGCAGCGCGCAGGAGGCGGAGCGGGGCAGCCUGCGCCGCCGCCUGGCGCAGGACCAAGAGAACAUCUCUGCGUUGGAGGCCGUGGCCGAGAGACGCGAGGGCGACCUCGCCCGGCAGCUCAACGACACCAGGCAGUCUUUCUUGCGGAGCUCGCAGGCCCUCGCGCUCGCGCGGCAGCAGCUCAACGAGACCAGCCGGGAGGCCCAGCGGCUCAGAGUCGAGAGCGCGGCGCUGCAGAAGGAGCUGCGCAGCACUCGCGCCGCAGGGCUGCAGCUCCAAGGACAGCUGAACGCCAGCAACAUCAGCUUCAGGCGGGCUCAGCAGAUGUGGGCCACCGAGCAGGCCGAGUGGCGGGAGAAGGAGGCGGAGCAGAACCGCAGCGUGGCUGCCGAGGAAAGGGACGCCGCGAACGACAGGGAGAAGCUGCUCCAGGAGGUGAGCGCGCUCAAGGCCGCCAGGGUGCGGGACGACGCCGCGCGGGCGGAGGAGGCGCGCCGCAACGCCGACCUGGAGAAGCAGGUACUAGCUCUCCGCGAACAGAGUCGGCAGGAGGCCGCCGCGCUGCGGGCCGCCGCGGCGCAGAAGGACGCCGCGCUGCGGGCGUCCCGGCAGCAGCUGCACUCCUCGAUGCUGCUGGCCCAGCAGCAGAGCCGGGAGGCGGAGGCGCAGGAGCAGCGCCUGGAGGGCCUCGUGGUCGCCGAGAAGGCGGCGGAGCUGCAGCGGGCCUCGGAGCUCAAGGGGCUGCGGCGGCAGCUGGACGCGACGCGCAACGUGUCCAGGAGGCUGGAGGCGCGGCUCUCCGGGGCGCGCCGCUCCGCCCGGAAGAGCGCGGCGAAUCUCACCGGGCAGCUGGCCUCGGCCAGGGCCUCCGUCCGCCGCCUGGAGGAGGAGCGCCGGCGCCUCGGGGCGGCGCUCGAGGGCAACGCCUCCAAGGCAGCUGCUCUGGAGGACAAGGCGAAGAGCCUGAGCAACGAUCUCCAGGCAGUGCAGUCGGAGGAAAAGAAGCUGCUGGCCGAGCGGGCAGCGUUGACUGAGCACCUCAACGGCAACAGGACGCUGGCGCGCCGUCUCGGCGAGAGCGUGCGGCUCCUGAAGAAGCGGGUCGAGGACGGCGACCGGGCCCGAGAGCGUGCCCAGCGGGCUGCCGAGCGGGCGGAGGCCGAGAAGGAGGGCGCCCAGGCGGUGGCGAGGCAGCUACAGGGCACGGUGCCGCAGCUGCUGCUGAGCGCGCAGGCCGCCAACGAGCGCAUCGAGGCCGAGCAGGCCCUGCGCCGCAAGGAGGCGGCCAUGGCGAGCCGGGCGCAGGAGGCCCUGCAGGAGCGCAUGAAGUCCGACGUGCAGCAGCAGCUGGACAAGCUGACCGUGGUGGUGCCCGAGCUCGACGCGAAGCCGACGCAGGCAUCGCCAGUGGCCACGGAAGAUUUGGCCGAGGAUGUCACGGAGGCGUUUGAGAAGGUCAGCGAAGAACCGAACAAGAAGGAUGACGUGCCAGCCCCCGCCGCCGCAAGCGUCAACCGCACCCAGGAGCUGAACCACCGAUUGGUCGCUCGUCUCGCGGAGGACGGGCACAGCCUGGCCCGGCUGCUGAGCGACGGCCCGGGCGGCGCGACCCACGCGUCGCAGGCAGAAGCGCGGCUGGCCUGA